GGAGGAAUUUGUGGGCAGGAGAGAACACCACUGGUCAUCAUUAACAGAAAUUGACAGCUCAGCAAUAGAUGGAUGCCUUCUUCCGGUUGCCCUACUAUUUCUACAUUUUACUUCAUGCAUCUAUCUUUUGUGGUUUUUAAACUAGAGUGAUUUAAGCUAUGGUAAAGUUUCUUUUGGUGGUCAGUUUAUAUACUAGGUUGCUAGUCCUCUUGCAUCAUUUCUACUAAAAUACAAACUACUUUCUACACCACAGAACUCUUGAUGACAAUCAAGACACAAGAAGAUAAGACGUACUUUGUUUCUUUAAACAACCUCGUAUGUGUUUAGUAUAGGUGUCUGGACCAACCUAACCAUUAGACACUUAAGAUACAAUGUCAGUGAAAUACCUUCUUAAUGAAAUACCUUAAAAUUAUACAGAUAACUAUGGCUUGUGUAGUCUGGAUUGUCAUGAUUCUACUGGAACACUGUUCCACACUGCCAGACUAAUCGGAAGUCGUGACGGACACUUUUGAAGAUUGCGGGGCCUGGUCGGAAAGACAGCUACAACGUACCCCUGUGAUAUUUCAGCCAGCAUGAAGCGAACCGAUAUGACGAUGAAGAUGAUGAUUAGUGCACUCUUGGUUACGUGUGCCAUUACCCUGUCUUCCUCGCAAAAUCUUACCAACGACGACAUCACCAGCAUCUGCAAGGCAGUCACGGAACAGGGCAAUUGUUCGUCCUGUAACUGGUGUUCUGUGAGGAAAGACGGCUUUCCCUUGACAGUGAAAGACCUGUGCCGAGUACGUAACAGCCCGAGUGAUUGCAGCCUGGCUCUUUCAGAUUUCCCAUGUUCGAACAUCACGACCUUCUAUAGCCAGUCUUGUUCUGCGCUCAACAGCUGGGCACAUAAGAUCGUGUGUCCCAUUGCUAAGUUGGCUGCUUCCUGCUUUGUAACAACGGAGGCUUCUACGACCACGGUAACUACGACCACGGCAACUACAACCACGGUGCCCACAACGACUAAAACAAUUCGGUUUCAAGGCGGCGCCCGCGAAACGUUCCCGGAGGCUUCUACGACCACGGUAACUACGACCACGGCAACUACAACCACGGUGCCCACAACGACUAAAACAAUUCGGUUUCAAGGCGGCGCCCGCGAAACGUUCCCGGAGGCUUCUACGACCACGGCAACUACAACCACGGUGCCCACAACGACUAAAACAAUUCGGUUUCAAGGCGGCGCCCGCGAAACGUUCCCGGAGGCUUCUACGACCACGGUAACUACGACCACGGCAACUACAACCACGGUGCCCACAACGACUAAAACAAUUCGGUUUCAAGGCGGCGCCCGCGAAACGUUCCCGGAGGCUUCUACGACCACGGUAACUACGACCACGGCAACUACAACCACGGUGCCCACAACGACUAAAACAAUUCGGUUUCAAGGCGGCGCCCGCGAAACGUUCCCGGAGGCUUCUACGACCACGGUAACUACGACCACGGCAACUACAACCACGGUGCCCACAACGACUAAAACAAUUCGGUUUCAAGCCGGCGCCCCCGAAACGUUCCCGGAGGCUUCUACGACCACGGUAACUACGACCACGGCAACUACAACCACGGUGCCCACAACGACUAAAACAAUUCGGUUUCAAGCCGGCGCCCCCGAAACGUUCCCGGAGGCUACAACCACGGUGCCUACAACGACUGCAACAACCAUGCCUUCAAUUCCGGGACCAGACGUCGCCCGCAAAACGUUCCGGACCCCUUGCACUCAACGGUGUGUCCGCAACGACAUAGUGGCCUCAGUAUGCGGUUCUUCAACGCUUGCCGAUGAGUGUACCAAGCUCGAGGUUCCCACGUUAGAUGGUAAAUACACCUGCUGUACAGGUUAAUACAGAGGACAUAUCAACAGGGGAUCCAGAACUCCACCAUAUCAACAGAAAGUGUACAAUUAAGACAAAAUGGUUGCUUGUCAAAGAUCAUAUAUUAAUUGACUAAUAUGUACUUUCAAACCUUCGAAAUGAAAAUAAAUUGAUCGUGGAGCAA